GAGGCACCAGAUGCCUAACGCUUCCAGGCGGGUGGCAACCACGCAGAGCAUUUAAGAAACAGUACGCCGCUGCGGGCACCUCACUCUCACGACUUGCGAGCUUCCUUCUCAUCUCCACAAACACCAAACUACCUUCCUUCGUCAGUUAGCCUUUGGGAAGUAAACAGCGGGACCCUCCCCCUUCCCAGAGCUGAAGUGUCUGUUCGGGCUGUCUGUGGAUAAAACGCCGUUACAGCAAUGGCACGCUUCGUCAGCCACAACAAGGGCGACGGUGAGGAUGUCCGCAACAAGAUGAAGAAUUACUGGCAGGUGUACCGCCCUUCGCUGGAGUCCAUGAUGCUCUCCAACGACGCGGUCUACCUGCACGAAAACGACCAGAACGAGAUUUUUUCCUACCUGCCAAACUACCAAGGCAAACGGGUCCUCGAACUCGGCGCCGGCAUCGGGAGAUUCACCUCCAAACUGGCGACGGUGGCAGGUCACGUGACGGCCGUGGACUUCAUGGAGCAGUACAUCGAGAAGAACCGCGAAGACAACGAACACUUCGGCAACGUGGACUUCAAGUGUGCCGACGCGACUAAGCUGGAGUUCCCCGCUGAAUCCUUCGACAUGGUCUUCAGCAACUGGCUCUUCAUGUACCUCAGCGACGAGGAGACGUCCGGCGUUUUCCGCAGAGUGAUCAAGUGGCUCAAGCCCAACGGCCACUUCUUCUUGAGGGAGUCUUGCUACCACCAGUCAGGCAACAUGAAGAGAGGCGAUAACCCGACUUUGUAUCGCACGCCCAUCGAUUACUGCCAGAUGCUGCACCAAAUCCCUUCCGUCGACAAUGCUGGCUAUAAGAUCAUCCGCGGGAAGAGCAUCCUCACCUACAUUCAGUACCACGGCAACCCAAAUCAGAUGUGCUUCCUGGCUAAGAAGGUGGAGGGCGAGGAGCUGGACCAGCUGGGGCAGUACCUCGAGUUGCGUGACACCGUGGACUCCAUCAGGGCCAAAGAGAGAAUUUAUGGACACAACUGGCUCUCCACAGGAGGAGAGUUCACCACCAGGGAUUUCUGUGCCCGGUUGGGGCUGACGCCGGGCCAGCGGGUGCUUGACGUGGGUUGCGGGACGGGCGGCUCGGCGCUCUACCUCGCCAGGCAGUACGGCCUCCACGUGCACGGCGUUGAUCUCUCCAGCAACAUGAUCCACAUCGCCAUCGAGCGCCAGGGCAAGCUGGAGCCGGACCUCAAGAAAAGGCUGCAGUUUGAAAUAAGUGACAUCCUGACGGUGGCGUACGAAGAUGAAUCUUACGAUGCCAUUUACAGCCGUGACAGCAUCCUGUACAUCGAUGAUAAGGACAAGCUCUUCAAGAAGCUCUUCAGGUGGCUCCGGCCCGGCGGGGCGCUCUUCAUCACUGACUUCUGCUAUGGCACCGCCCCACCUGCCAAAGACUUCCUCCAAUACGCCAGCCGCCUGUCCCUCUCCUCCAUGGCGACCUACGAGGCGGGGCUGAGACAGGCGGGCUUCACGGACGUGCUGGCCCAGGACCUGCGCGGGGAGGCCAUCGACGUGCACGGGCGGGAGCUGAACGCCUUCACCGCCGCCAAAGAGGCUUUCAUCAGGGACUUUUCGGAGGAGCAGUAUGACACCAUCUCUAACCUCUGGGCCGACAAGAUCCGGUGGAGCCGCGAGCGCCAACUGACCUGGUGUGCCUUCACCGCGCGCCGGCCGCCCCAGUGAAGUCGCCCGAGCCCUGCAGAAGGAGCCAUCAUUACAUCUUUACACAGUUAUCAUCAAUUAUUAUCAUACUUAUGGUUAUGUUGUAGCUUAGGGCCGUGGUGUGACCAGCCUGGUGCUUGUGCUUUAUAUUAUGCGAAGAGAAAAUAAAUAUAUGAUACGCC